CCAGCCUUGCUAACAUUGAAAGCACAGUGUGCAGAUUCGGCCAAUAGACAGAACUCGGAAAAAAUUAAAGUGAUGGAACAAUUGGAACAGGCAUCGGAGUAUGUGAGUGACUUACAGAAUGAAGUUGGUCUGUUGGAGAGUAAAUACAAGAGGGCAGAGGAUGAAGUAGAAGCCAAGAAACAGAUGUACCAGAAGGAGAUACAGAGAAUGCAGGAAUGUGUAGAAGAACUUCAGAAUGAGAUGGUCCAACUGGAAAGUGUGAUGUUCCUGUCCCAACAAGAUGCUAGCAGUGAAAAGAAAAAAGUAGACUCUUGGUCAUUACAAGAAAGAGAAAAGGCAAGACGGAAACUGGACCAGUAUAAAAAGUUCUUCCAGGAAGCUCUUCAGUCAUUUAUGGAACACAUGGAAAAUAUGCAGGCUAAGUUAGCACAGGCCCAUGAAGAUUCUGAAGUGUUAAAGGAGAAAGUUAAGCGUGAAGCAAAAGCAAAAGGCAUUGACUGACUGUAGACUCUGUAAUCUAUGGUUUUAUACAUUGUAAAAGAACAUUUUCAUUCCUCGAAAGCCAGGAUGAAGGAUUCAGUGCUAUCCCGACAAGUCAAAGUUAAAAAAUGUUCACAGCAGGCGUAAGGCUAAAACAAGUUGUUUAGAAAGUGGAACCUUUGACAUAAUAUAGUUUGAAGCAAUAGAUUCGGUUAAUUUGACUUAUGUUUAUAGAAUUGUCUCUAUAAGUAACCAAUUUUGUUUGUGGUUCAACUUAUGUUUAAAGAAUUGUCUGUAUAGUAACCAUUUUUGUUUGUGGUUAAGACCUUUGUUCAUAGUCAUUUGAGAUUUUAUAAUUUUUAAGAAUAAAGGAUGUUUGUUAAUUUUCACAAACACAAUAUUUAUGUGUGACUGCAAUGAGAGACUAUGCAUCAGUGAAAAUAUGUAGUUAUCUCCCUUAGAUAUCAUAUUAGUGGAGGUAAACGAAAUUUUGUUCAUGUUACAGCUGAAAGUAAGAUCAGUAUUUUGGGAAGAAAAGAUGGAGGUAUUUAAUAUGCCUACUAACAUUUUGCACAGUUAUUCAGAAUAUUUGCAGUUACCACAAGACAUUUUUAUAAAUGCGUCACAUAAAAGCGGAAGUUUACAUAAUGUUUGUCAGAAUUUAGCUGUAAGGAUUGGGUUCAUGGAACAUUUGAACUGGAAAUGACCAUUAAUGAAUUCAGAUCAUAGAGGAAGUGGUCAUUUAUUUUCUGAAUCAAGCAGCACUAUGGCCUGUAUAGAUAUAACCCAGGCUUAAUGUUCGCUUUGUGAGGAUGCGGAUCUGAAUUACAAAUGAACUUGGAUAAAACUUUUAUCACUUGGCAGCAAAUACUUACAUUUUACAUUAUGUAUAUAGAAGUCAAGUACAAAACAUAAGGUAAGUCAUGGUUUUUCUUCUUUUAGAUUUAUCAUGACUUACUGGCUAUACACCAAUUGUACAGGUGGAAAAUAAACAGAACCAGAACUGUGGGAAAUUUCCAUUCUGGCCAGUAAAAAGAAAGUUUGGCAGUGAAAUAUGAAAUUUAUUUCACUGAUAUUUUCAGGUAUUUCAUCUAAGAGCAUGUGAUAAAAUUCUGUAUUUAAGAAAUAAUACAUAGCAGAACCAAGUUUUAACAUGUUGAAGCAAUAGGAUGAGGUUAUACACUUGUGGAAUAAUUUCAAGAUGACAUA